CGAUAACGAUAAAAUAAGGCACUACACUCUUUACUUGCAGCAGAUACCCGAUAUUCCAUCCGAACACAAUCUCAAUGGCGGAUCACCUCCAAGCCUCCGUCUCAUCCCUCGGAUCCUCCCUCCAACUCCUCGAUUCCUCUAUCUCCACCCUCGACUCUGGCAUUAGCGACUUUCCCCGACUAUGCAAGGUCUUGCAAACAACCCGACACUUUGAACUCCUCCCCGAACCCACUCUGCGUGAAGCCCAACAGUCCCUCCUAGAUGAAAUCACUCCCAGCAUCGCACAUCUGCUCUCACUAGCAUCGAACCAUGUGGAGAAGCUCUCGCGGCGAGAACAAGGCCUGAGAGCUAAAUGCGAGCUGCAAGAGGGAAGAAUGUAUUCUAAUGAGAGCCGUCAGCCUUCUCGGAUGCGUAGCGCUUUUGGCGAUCGACUGCAGAGCGCGGGCGCUUCAGGAAAGGCUGCGAAGGCGGCGGAGCUGAAGAGACUAAUGCAGAAGAAGGAACGGUUGCAGUAUGCAGUGGAGCGGUUGGAGCUGCAGAGUACGCAGAGGGAGAGGCAGUUGAGGAAGAGUAUGGCGUUUCACUAGAGCGGGGGGAUGGAUGAUGUGAUGAUGCUUGCUCAGUUUUGCGACAACUGGAAUGAUAUGGGCAGCUCAGGCCGCUUGGGACGAUUCUGCGAGUGCAGGACAGCAGAGGAAUGAGAGCUAUGUGGCGACGGUAUUGGUUUCAAAGCCAGAAGAGGUUAC